AUGCCACCGCCCAGCCUCGACAAUCUAGUCGUGAAUGCCAUGGCUACUGCCACCUCCAAAGUCGCACCCAGUGAUCUCGCCUCCAAUAUCGCCCACAGCCGCGAUCGCCCGAAUCCUCACGCCUCACCUCUCGGGCACACAGACAUGCUUGAAAAUGGAGCGGAUCCUAAAAGCGAGAAUGUACGCUGGGACACGCCGAUUAAGCUUGCAGUACGGAUUAGGAAUGAGCGUAUGGUGAAGGCUUUGCUUGAGAAGGGCGUCGAUCUUCCCUGGGGCAUGGAAGGUGCACAGCAGUAG